AUGAGAUUUCGAGCAUGCAUCGAAAACGUCCCCACAUUCUGCAAAAUCAUGCAAGUCAUCGAACGACUCCAGAAGAAAUGCAUAAUCCAAUUCAAGCCUGAAAUUAUGCGGAUAAUAUGCAUGAGUGAUGCGAAUGAAGCAGGCAUCCAAGUCUGGUCAGAGAUUAAAGUAUCGACGUUAUUCAAUGACUAUCGCAUCCAGUCAAACGCGGAUAACGUUAUAUCCAUGAGCAUAGCCUCAGCAUCCCUCUUACAUGCCCUACAAGGCAUACAGAACGCUUUGGCAGCCUCUGGCUCAAGUACAGGUGAAACCGCCCGUCUCGCACUUCUGAGUUUUGCCUUGACAACGCCCUCGCGCACCGGUCGUUCUCAGUCCUUGACCUACGACGUCCGCAUAGAAGUCCUGCGGCCUCUGGACAUGGCGAAGAUCACCGAGCCGCUAUGCCCCGAGCCCGACACUCUUAUACUCCUCCCAUCCCUCCCGACCCUCCGCUCUCCAGUCGAGCGCCUCCGUGCGCUCUCCUCCACGCUCCUCCUCCGCGCCAACAUCGGCCCGCCUACGCGUCUCUUGCUCGAAGUCGCGGGCGACGAUAACGAAGUGCGCGUCAAGGUCGAGUUCUCCGUCAAGUUUGUGCAAACAGAGCGCCAACCCGACGACGAAGACGGCGAGCCGGAGGAGAAGGACAAGGAGAAACUGUACACCGUCCCCAUCGCCGCGAAGAGUUUUGUCAAGUUUUUGAACUGUCACAUCGUCAGCGGACAGGUCAUUGCGGCGGUCUGCCACCGGCAUUGUCUUAUAUUGUAUUUUUACAUCGGGUCCACAGGAGCCGAUUCGGGAGGCGUGCUCACGUUUUAUAUUCCGUCCAUCGUAGAUGAUGGCCCAAUAUGAGGAAGUACAUCGCAUCCUUCUGCCGGGGCUGUAUCACCUCUGACUCGACACUAUUCAUCACGUCCAACUGUACUAGUACCUGACUUGUACAGUAGUCUCCCGAUGAUAUCCAUUUC